AACUCAGCGUCUUUUAUUCUAUUCAUUCAAGUCAUAAAGCUUGGUAUACACCGGAAAUAUUCAGGUGUUGGUUGGGCGAGCAUUGUCCUGUAUUAGCCUGGCACCACUGCUACCAACCACCAAAGACAGAGCUAUCAGCUUUCCAAUUUUGUGGCCAUGGAUAACGAGAAAUUGUCAAGCAAAACCGCUGGGAAACCAAUUCGGUGCAAAGCUGCGGUUUCGCGCGAGCCAGGGGAGCCUCUAGUGAUCGAGGAAAUCAUGGUGGCCCCUCCGAGUCCCUACGAAGUACGGAUUCGGAUAAUCUGCACCUCUCUCUGUCACAGCGACAUCAUCUUUUGGAAACUGAAGGUGCCUCCUGCUUGUUUCCCCAGAAUUCUGGGCCACGAGGCCGUCGGGGUGGUGGAGAGUGUCGGUGAGAAUGUAGACGAGGUAGCGGAAGGAGAUGUUGUCAUCCCAACGUUCCUGUCAGAUUGUGGAGAAUGUGCAGAUUGCCGUUCAGAGAAGAGCAACUUAUGUUCAAAAUUCCCGUUUAGGGUCCACCCCUGGAUGCCUAGAUAUGACGCCAGCAGAUUCACUGAUCUUAAGGGAGAGGCUUUAUAUCAUUUUCUAUUCGUUUCGAGUUUCAGCGAGUACACGGUAGUAGAUAUCACCCAUGUAGUGAAGAUUGAUCCUGCAAUCCCUCCAAACAGGGCAUGCCUCUUUGGCUGUUGUGUAUCUACAGGGGUUGGUGCUGCUUGCAAAACGGCAAAUGUUGAGGCAGGAUCAACUGUUGCUAUUUUUGGGCUGGGAUCAAUCGGAUUAGCGGUUGCAAAGGGAGCAAGACUAUGUGGUGCAAAAAGAAUUAUAGGAGUGGAUAUAAACCCAGAGAAAUUUGAAAUUGGGAAAAUUUUUGGAGUCACUGAGUUUAUCAAUUCAAAAGACUGUGGGAACAAAUCUCUGAGCCAGGUAAUCAUUGAGAUGACCGGAGGAGGUGCUGAUUAUUGCUUUGAAUGUGUUGGUUUGGGAUCCUUGGUACAAGAAGCCUAUGCAAGCUGCCGUAAGGGUUGGGGCAAGACGAUUGUUAUGGGAGUGGACAAGCCAGGUGCACAGUUGAACUUCAGUUCUUUUGACGUCCUUCAUUCUGGGAAAGUCCUCACUGGAUCCUUAUUUGGAGGAGUCAAAGCCAAAUCCGACCUUCCAGUUCUGAUAAAGCGUUACAUGGACAAGGAAUUGCAGCUGGACGAGUUUGUCACUCAUGAGGUGAAAUUUGAAGACAUCAACAAAGCCUUUGAAUUACUUAUAGAAGGGAAGUGCAUCCGCUGUGUGAUAUGGAUGGAUAAAUGAGAAAUUUCGUCUCACUUCACUUGGGCUAGAUGCUUAUGCUAAUAACAGGGUUUUACUUGUUCACGUGCCCUGAUAUUGUGAUCAUUGUCUGAUUUUUUUGUAAGAUUGAGAACGAUAUGUUUGCUGGUUUUAAUGUUCAAAUAAAUUACAGUCGUCUGGAUUAAAAAAUCUCAGAAAACUUAUGUCAGUGGA